CUUCCAGUCCCUACUGAGCCGGGCCUCCUGUUUGCGCAUGCGCAGUUAGAGGGUCUAGUGGCGGCCCCGGAAAGAAAAUGUCUGGCCUGGGCAGCAUGGCCAGCGGAGCGGCGGGCUCGGCCCAGGGGCCCGGAGACGCGGCGCGGGCCCCGGAGCAGGCCCUGUUCCCGCCGGGAUUCAGCGUAUCCGAGAUCAAGAACAAGCAGCGGCGCCAUUUCAUGUUCCUGCGCUGGAAGCAGCAGCAGAGGAAGGAUAAAUUGGCAAAUAAGAAAAAACGGAAAAAGGAGAGAGAAGCUCUUGGAGAUAAGGCACCACCAAAGCCUGUACCGAAGACAAUUGAAAAUCAGAGAAUUUAUGACGAAACAACUGUAGAUCCUAAUGAUGAAGAGGUUGCUUUUGAUGAAUCUACCGAUGAGUUUGCACCAUACUUCAAUAGACAGACAGUUCCCAAGAUUCUUAUCACAACAUCAGAUAGACCUCGUGGGAGAACAGUGAGAUUCUGUGAACAGCUGUCUACUGUCAUACCUAACUCACAUGUUUACUAUCGAAGAGGACUGGCUUUGAAAAGAAUUAUCCCACAGUGCAUCUCAAGAGACUUCACGGAUCUGAUUGUUAUUAAUGAAGAUCGCAAAAUACCAAAUGGGCUUGUUUUAAGUCAUUUGCCUGAUGGUCCAACUGCUCAUUUUAGAAUGAGCAGUGUUCGUCUGCGUAAAGAAAUAAAGCGAAAAGGAAAGGCGCCCACAGAGCAUCAACCUGAAGUAAUCCUGAAUAAUUUUACAACACGACUGGGCCAUUCCAUUGGUCGGAUGUUUGCCUCUCUCUUCCCACAUGAUCCUCAGUUCAUUGGAAGACAAGUAGCUACUUUUCACAAUCAGCGAGACUAUAUCUUUUUUAGAUUUCACAGGUACAUCUUCAAGAGUGAAAAGAAAGUGGGAAUUCAAGAGCUUGGGCCACGAUUUACCUUAAAGCUGAGGUCUCCAAAAGGAACCUUUGAUUCCAAAUUUGGAGAGUAUGAAUGGAUUCACAAGCACCGUGAAAUGGACACAAGUAGAAGAAAAUUCCACUUAUAAUGGAAAUGAUCAUCUAGUUCUACUGGAUUAAUAGGAGUGCAGAACUUUCCUGAAUUCUUCUGUAACUAAAUUGAGUCUGGCUUUGGUCCUGUCAUCUCAAAUUCAUUGUUGUUAAACAAUGUUGCUCAUCACUGAGCAAUGUUAUCUGCACAGGCAAGCAGACUACAAACAUCUUCAAACUUUCUACAACAGAUAUUUUGAAACAGAAUUGGUGUCGUCUUCAACCUUCCCACUGGGCCUCAAUGCUGACUCCUAAAGCAGUGCUACUGCCUCUAAGGGUACGUCUGUGCAGCAGCUGGGAAGCAUGCUCCCAGUGCUGAUAGACAAACACAUACUAAUUCUGCUUGAGCUGGCAUGCUAAAAGCAGCAGUGUGGUUUUGGGGGGGGCAUGGCCACCUGAGUGCAAACCUGCUUGAUCCCCUGGAAACUUACUCAGAUGACUGGCCUGAGGCAUGCCACCCCAAGCCACACUCUAUUUUUAGCACUCUAGUAUGAGCAGAGCUAUUGCAUGUUUAUCAACCUGCAUUGGGAAGCAUGCUAUAGAAUGCGGAGUAGACACAUCCUUUGAUUCAAAACUGGCAAAGAGUCCUAGAAUGUGAGUAGUAGCUGCCAGUAGGUUGCACGGUAGUAAUUACUGAGACUGUAUCAUGACUACCCCAAUGCCUCAGUAACAAAGCUGUUUGGGAGUAACAUGGUUGGUUGUGCUCAAAGGUAAAUAGACACAGACUCUACUAUCAGUUAAAAUAGGUCAGACAUGAAUAAUGUUGCCCUGUUCUGUAAAUUGUGCAGUGUCAUUGCUGUCACAGCUCUACUUUCACUGUUCCAAGAACCGUAUUUCAUAACCAGAUUAUCUGUACUUGAAGAAAAGCUUUCUUGUGAAGGAAAAGAUACCUGACCAGAGAUAUGUAUAGUCUCUUACUAAGACAGCUCAGAGUUAAAAUACACUGAGUAUUUAACAAGGUUCCAAAAAUGGAGCAAGUGUGUGUAUAUAGCUGUACCUGAACUUCAUUAAAUGCACACGCUGUCUGAAA